AGAUGCUAUUGCCUCUCUCCUGUCUCUGUUGUCCCUCUUAGCGCCAGACAGUACCUCAGGUGUUAUUUCCAAGACAAUCGAGAUCUGUUUGCAGAAAGAGGGCAACAGUUUCGGCUUUGUUAUGCGAGGUGGAUCCCAUGAGGACUGGCACAGAUCUCGUCCUUUGGUGGUCACACACGUCCGACCUGGUGGACCUGCUGACAGGGAAGGGACCCUAAAAGCAGGCGAUCGGAUCUUAAGUGUGGAUGGUGUGCUUUUAAACAGUGCCACUCUAAGCGAUGCUCUUACAGUACUGACUCAGUGUGGCCAGGAGGCCCUGUUCCAGAUCGAGUAUGAUGUCUCCAUCAUGGACUCGAUGACAAACGCUUCAGGUCCUCUGCUGGUGGAGAUUGCCAAGGCGCCCGGAGCCAGUCUGGGAAUCACUCUGACCACUGCCAUGCACAGGAACAAACAGGCCAUCGUCAUCGACAAGAUCAAGCCCGCCAGUGUGGUGGACAGGUCUGGAGCGUUACACGUGGGUGAUCAUAUCCUGUCUAUAGACGGCACCAGCACAGAGCACUGCUCCGUCCUGGAGGCCACGCAGCUGCUGGCCAGCACUACUGCUUUAAUGAAAGUUCAGAAAAGUGACCACCCGCACUGCUGGGACCCCUGUGUGAACUACUGCCAUUCUCAACAUCCUGGUCACUGUAAGACGUCGACAUGGACCUCUGCUUCCAGUAACCCAUCCAGCUCUCAGGAUUACUGCAAAUCGGUAGUCUGCACUAACUUCUCUCCUGGGUCCACAACCACAUCAGGCAUGACCAGCCAGGGUUCCAGCACGCUGCCCCGGGCCGCUCCUCCCAUGAGCCCACGGAACUCCAUGCUAAAGAGACGACAAAGGAAAAAAGAGCACAAAAGCUCCUCUGUGUCUUUAGCCUCAAGUUCUGUGGGCCCUGGUGGUCAGAUCGUCCACACCGAGUCCAGUGAGGUCACUCUGAGAGGAGACCCUCUAAAUGGGUUUGGGGUUCAGCUGCAAGGUGGAAUAUUUGCGACAGAGACCCUCUCUGCACCCCCUCUUAUCCGCUUCAUAGAACCGGACAGCUCGGCCGAAAGGUGUGGGCUUCUCCAGGUUGGAGACAGAGUCUUAUCCAUCAACGGAAUUCCUACAGAAGAUGGAACGCUGGAAGAGGCCAAUCAGCUGCUCCGGGAUGCUGCUCUGGCCAAUAAGGUCACGCUAGAGAUUGAGUUUGAUGUGGCAGAAUCUGUUGUGCCUAGCAGUGGAACAUUCCAUGUGAAGCUGCAGAAGAAACGAGGAGUGGAACUUGGCAUCACAAUCAGUGCCAGUAAGAAACCAGGAGAGCCUCUUAUCAUAUCUGACAUUAAAAAAGGCAGCAUGGCACACAGAACAGUAGAAACGCCUCUUUUGACUGACCAACUGGUAAAGUGUUAUGUUUGUGGUCCAGACGAGCAGGAGUCAUCGGGCUCCAUCAUCUACACGGUGGAGCUGAAGCGGUUCGGCGGCCCGCUGGGCAUCACCAUCUCUGGCACCGAGGAGCCCUUUGACCCCAUCAUCAUCUCAGGCCUGACCAAGAGGGGUCUCGCUGAGAGGACUGGAGCCAUUCAUGUUGGCGAUCGUAUUCUGGCCAUCAACAGCGUCAGUCUGAAGGGGAAGCCGCUCAGUGAAGCCAUACACCUGCUGCAGAUGGCAGGAGAAACCGUCACCCUCAAGAUCAAGAAACAGACCGACA